AUGAAACAAGCUAAAACAAGAUUCUUUGUUGAACUAACGAAAAUUUAUUUUUAAAUAACUAGCUGUAAGUAUUACUAAUACAUUGUCAGAUAGCAGAUUGAGGAUUAUUUAUCCAGUCUAAUUUAUUAAUAUUCAAUCCAUUUUUAGAUUUAAUGAUGCUCUUUUAUCAAAAUAACAUUCCUUUUUGAAUCUACUAAUAUCAAUUAAAAUUUAUAUUUUACAAAUGAUGGAUUAUAUUUUGGCCAUGUUACUAAAUUCAGUAUUCAAUGCUUAUUAUGUGAUGAUAAACUUGUCAGCAUUCUUAAUCCACUUACUCCAAGUAGUUAAGGAACUUAAUUUGCAAAAUAGGAAAUUAUUGCAGGAGCAUAAUCUAAAGAUAUUGUUGGAUCCUAAAUCAUUAAUAUCUUACAAUAGUAAUGAUGAAAUUGUUUUAAUAAUCCUGAUUCAUAAAUAUACAUCGCCAAUUUUGAUUAAUCCAAAUACUCUUGUACUCCUAUUUAAUCUGACAAACUUUCAAAAAUUAUGUAUCUUAAUUCAUAUUUGA